AGUCCGGAGUGCCGCAGACAGAGGUCCCCCAGGCGGACCUUCCGUGCUGCACUCCAGCCAGGGAGCGCCGGCCGGCCUUUGCAGCUCGGAGGGAGUCGGGAGGAUGGCUUCGGACAUGGAGUCGUCCCUGGAGGUCAGCUUCUCGUCCAGCUGUGCGGUGUCAGGGGCGCCCGGGUGUCUGCCUCCCGCCCGCUCCCGCAUCUUCAAGAUCAUCGUGAUCGGCGACUCGAACGUGGGCAAGACGUGCCUGACUUACCGCUUCUGCGCCGGCCGCUUCCCCGACCGCACCGAGGCCACCAUCGGGGUGGACUUCCGAGAGCGAGCCGUGGAGAUCGAUGGCGAGCGGAUCAAGAUCCAGCUGUGGGACACUGCAGGGCAAGAACGGUUCAGGAAGAGCAUGGUUCAGCACUACUACAGGAAUGUGCAUGCUGUCGUCUUCGUCUAUGACAUGACCAACAUGGCCAGCUUCCACAGCCUGCCAUCUUGGAUCGAGGAAUGCAAACAACACCUGCUGGCAAGUGACAUACCUCGCAUUCUGGUUGGAAACAAAUGUGACUUGAGAAGCGCCAUUCAGGUGCCCACAGACUUGGCACAGAAGUUUGCUGACACACACAGUAUGCCUUUGUUUGAGACCUCUGCUAAAAAUCCCAAUGAUAAUGACCACGUAGAAGCUAUAUUUAUGACACUGGCUCAUAAGCUGAAGAGCCACAAGCCGUUGAUGCUCAGCCAACCACCUGAUAACAGAAUUAGCCUGAAACCGGAAACAAAGCCUGCGGUGCCGUGCUGGUGCUAGGUCGCAGGUAUGGCCGUCCCGGGGCUGACCGGAGGGACGCUUCUGAUAAGUGUGAUUAAGUCUGUAAGAUUAAAUCUGAAAUACAACGGAGCCUCCUGUUCUUGGCGUUGCUGUGCUGCCUUUUGUAUUCUGCAUCCUCUUAACAAGUUUGUCACCAUGACAACGCAGGGAGAGGGCCCGUGUACAGCGGGAUGAGCCAGGCGGUCUUUCCGGUGCAGCCUGGUGAAGCCCAAGUGUCCCUGGACCAUCGAAGAAAUGCUGUGUAGAGCUGAAGGCAAAUGACGAGCUACUAAGGUGCUUUUAUUUUUCCUUGGCAUCUAAGCACUAAAAACUAAUCAGAGGGAUCCAGACAGUUCUGACGGGAGUUUAUUUUAGCCAUGACCUUUAAUUGAAAUAUCAGAUCUUUACCAAGCUGGGUCCUGGUGCCCCCUGUCCUCUGCUCCUAGACAGUUGGGCUGACUCGGGGCUGGAUUCAGUCAGCAUCCAUAUGGCGGAGAGCUGAGAGCACGCCUCGAGUUGCUGAGCCUACAUGUAUUCCUGUAAUAGUGUCGUUGGGUCAGUUUUUCUAAAUGGCCACAAACUGUUCCUUGGUAUGAAAAAAUGAAUUCAAUAUUGAAAAAUUUCUUGCCUGUCCCUCAGUGGUAAAAGAAAUAGUUAAAAAAAUUUUUUUUUGCCCUAAAUACUUUUAGUUUGAAUUUAAGACUUUGCACAAAGAAAAUAGCACGUUUGCAUAUGAAGCUGUUUGCAGAAUGGAGUGUAAGGCAUGUUUAGCCUAAGCGUGCACAUCCUCAUUUUGACAGCUUGCAGCCCUGGGCAGUUUUAGAGAAAAUUAUGCCAAAAUAGAUUUUACGUAAAUAUUUUCAGAAUGUGGGAAAUAAAGGUACUCUGACCUAGUUUCAGAUUUUUGUUUCAUUGUUCUGAAGGUCCCAAUUGGAAAAUUCAGUUACAAAUGCAAACUUUUUCUACUUAAUAAAAACUAAAUGAAAAUAAAACUUUUAAGAAA